CCGCGGGGGCCGCAGAGCAGAUCCCGCGGCCGCCUGCCGCAGCUCCUUAGGACUGGGCGCGCCGCCUGUGGGUCCACGCCCGCCGAGCCCACGCUGGCCGGGGCCGGGGCGCCCGCGCACUCCGGGCUGGUCUCAGCACUCGUUCACGGUCUUUGUGUCUUUCUCUCCCGCCCCUCUCUCCCCGCCUGCCUCCUCCGGCCGCCGCGAUGCCGCCGCGCCCUGUUGCCGCCGCCGCCGACUCGCUCCGCCCGCGGCGCGCUGCUCGCUGCGGCGGUGGCGGCGGCCGGUCUCCGUCGCGGGCCUGAAGGAGAAAGAAGAAGAAGCGAGGCGCGUCCCCCGGCCCAUGCCGCAGCCACGGGCCUCGACCCGCCACGGUGCCAGCGCCGCCGCCCUCGCCGGAGCCCACGAGACCUGUAUGGACGGGCAUGGGCUUGAGAGCAGCACCUUCCUACGCCGCCGCCGCCGCCGCUGCCGCCGCCGCCGGGGCUGAGCAGCGCCGCCGCCCCCCACGGCUGUCCCCGCCGCCGCUGGAGCUGCUGCUGCUGCUGCUCAGCCUCGGGCUGCUCCACUCAGGUGACUGCCAACAGCCGGCCCAAUGUCGAAUCCAGAAAUGCACCACAGACUUUGUGUCCCUGACUUCGCACCUGAACUCUGCCAGUGACGGCUUUGACUCUGAGUUUUGCAAGGCCCUGCGUGCCUAUGCUGGCUGCACCCAGCGAACUUCAAAAGCCUGCCGUGGUAACCUGGUAUACCAUUCUGCUGUGUUGGGUAUCAGUGACCUCAUGAGCCAGAGGAAUUGUUCCAAGGAUGGACCCACAUCCUCUACAAACCCUGAAGUGACCCAUGAUCCUUGUAACUAUCACAGUCACGCAGGAGCCAGAGAACACAGGGGAGGGGACCAGAACCCUCCUAAUUACCUUUUCUGUGGCUUGUUUGGAGAUCCUCACCUUAGAACUUUCAAGGAUCACUUCCAAACGUGUAAAGUGGAAGGGGCCUGGCCACUCAUAGAUAAUAAUUAUCUUUCGGUUCAAGUGACAAAUGUACCCGUGGUCCCUGGAUCCAGUGCUACUGCUACAAAUAAGAUCACUAUCAUCUUCAAAGCCCACCAUGAAUGUACAGAUCAGAAAGUCUACCAAGCUGUGACAGACGACCUGCCCGCUGCCUUUGUGGAUGGCACCACCAGCGGCGGGGACGGCGAUGCCAAGAGUCUGCGGAUCGUGGAGAGGGAGAGUGGCCGCUACGUGGAGAUGCACGCCCGCUACAUAGGGACCACCGUGUUCGUGCGGCAGCUGGGUCGCUACCUGACCCUGGCCAUCCGCAUGCCCGAGGACCUGGCCAUGUCCUACGAGGAAAGCCAGGACCUGCAGUUGUGUGUGAACGGCUGCCCCCUGAGUGAACGCAUCGAUGAUGGGCAGGGCCAGGUGUCCGCCAUCCUGGGGCACAGCCUGCCUCACACCUCCUUGGCGCAGGCCUGGCCCGGCUACACACUGGAGACUGCCAGCACUCAAUGCCACGAGAAGAUGCCAGUGAAGGACAUCUAUUUCCAGUCCUGUGUCUUCGACCUGCUCACCACCGGCGAUGCCAACUUUACCGCUGCAGCCCACAGUGCCUUGGAGGAUGUGGAGGCGCUGCACCCGAGGAGGGAGCGCUGGCACAUUUUCCCCAGCAGCGGCAGCAGCGGGACCCCCUGUGGAGGCAGCACUGUGUCUAUCGGUCUCGGACUCACAUGCUUGAUCCUUAUUGUGUUUUUGUAGGGGUUGUCUUUGUGUUUUUUUUUAUUUUUUUGUCUAUAACAAAAUUUUAAAAUAUAUAUUGUCAUAAUAUAUUGAGUAAAAGAGUAUAUAUGUAUAUACCAUGUAUAUGACAGGAUGUUUGUCCUGGGACACCCACCAGAUUGUACAUAUUGUGUUUGGCUGUUUUCACAUAUGUUGGAUGUAGUGUUCUUUGAUUGUAUCAAUUUUUGUUUUGCAGUUUUGUGAAAUGUUUUAUAAUGUCCCUGCGUGGGGACUUGUUAGAAAGCACUUUAUUUUUUAUAUAUUAAAUAUUUAUGUGUGUACCUGGUUAAUAUGUAUAGUACAGAUACACAGACACCAUACACAGCAGCGUUCCCUUUGAAGGUGACCAGUUGUUCGAGGCUAUUCUUGGCUGUUCCCUCCUGCCCUUUCCCAUUGCUACUGAUGUGAAUUGGUGUGCAGAUGUCACUCGCCACCCCUGGUGGAGCUGCCUCUUCCUUUGAACUGUGUCAUCACCCUUCUGCCCUCACUUGGUUUGAAAGGACAGUUAACUCCCAGCUUUACAGGUGCUUUUGACUCUGUUAAACACUGACCUUGAGAAGCCCUCUUCCUCUCUAACAGCUGUUACUUUUUCAAAAGGGGAGGUAUUACUACAAUUCUUGUUAACACUCAAUUCUAAUUAUAUAUUUGAACACAUACAGUGUAUUAGGUUGAACCCUACGAAAUUGCUGUUUUAUAGGGUCUAGUGAUAGUGGUUUAGCAUCUUGCUAGACCCCAGUAGCUCCCAGACUUUUUCUCAUCUCGUGAGCCUUUUUACAUUGUAGUUUUUUCCUCUUUUAACCUGUGUAAGCAAAACAUGAAACUACAAAUUUAGUAAUUAUCAUGCCUUGCUCUUUUUUUCUCUGUGUGACUUGUGCAAACCCGUGUUCUUAACCCUUCCUUCCUUAGCUGCUUGGGCCCAGAAACACGGCACUCCCUGUCUCCACCCCCAGUAAUCCCUCCUCAACCUCACCUUAUGAAUCCAAGGCUUGGGGGUAACAGAUUCUUUUUCUAAUGUAGAAACCCAGAUCCCAUCACAAAGUUUCCCAUUCUUCUUGUCCUCCACACCGUGGUCUUCGUCAUAGUCUUUGACGUGUGUGUAUGCAUAAUGGAACAGAGUAGGGUGAUGAUGACGGAACAGCUUCCUUGGCCUGACUCAGUGUGUGGUCAACUCUGGGUGCUGGUUAAUCUGGACAUUCUCAAUGACUAAGGCAUUGUGCUCCCCAGAUAGACCAGGUACUCUCUAUCUUAACACCUGUAGUUGAAUAUUAUUUAGUCAGUUGCUCAUGUAACUUGGUGAAAUCUCUAUAAAGUAAAAUAAUAAUCUUACCUCUUCCAUUCCAUUGUGGAUACCUCCUUGUAAAGGAAGAGGAGAACAAAAGGCAGAAACAGUAACUGAAAAAGUUAACUCCAAGAUAGGUAGGUUUAUAUCGUUACAUCUCAAUGUAAAUGUUUGGUUCCAGGAAGAAGUGCUACAUGUAUGUAAUUCAAGUUUACAUAAAUGCAAACAAAUGAUAUGAAUUUUAAAUACUGCAGUGAUUUAGGCCAACCUUAUGCUGAGUUUUAGUUGGCCAGGUCAUGUCUUUUGCCGUGUCCUGUUGAUCAGUGGUACUGCCAGAGGCCCAGACUGGCAGAAAAAGGAUGUCGGUUUCUGAAGUUCCGUUCUUAGCUGAAGUGCCAUCCAGUCACAGGAUGGAUUUGUGAGUUCAUCUAGAGGGCAAACCUCUCUACCUUCUGGUGUGUGAGAGAAUAAUCUUGAGCAGUCGGGGAAAAUAAUGAAGGCACAUUCUGCUUCUUACUCUUAAAACCUAUCAUUCUUUUAUAGAAGCUGGACAAGGGACUUACCAAUCAGCAGCUCUAAACUGUGGCUGCUUUUCUUCGCUAUGGAGAUGUGUACCAAAUUGAGUAGGAUGAGGGAAGAAAAAUAUUGAGGAUACUUUUAACCACUAUUUUUGUGCAAAUAGUAUAAAAGUGAAGUAAAAGCAAUAGUACAAAUUUCUGUAGUAUCUGGGUUUAGAGUAUGUAUGAUUAAUAUACUUUUGUUCUUUUCAGGGAAAAUAAAAAUCACCUCUACUAAUAGUUGGGAAAAUAAAAUUGUUAUUUUUAUGGCGAAAAGUUACUUUGCCAUAGCAUUUAGUUGAAAGGGAUGCUUAUCCUGCAUCACUGUUAGUUGCAGUGUAUUUUUAGCUGUUCUCCCUUUAAUCAGUUUCCUUGUAAAACAGUCCCCACAGAUAACUUGCAGAAAUACAAGUAUUUCUCUAGAUAAGGGCCAGGUUUAUUUUAUUCUGUUCUUUUCUAGGAUUUCAAGAGAAAAUGCUGCUUGCACAUGUUGGUUCUUGAAAUCCUUUGCCAGAAGAGUUUCGGGUCAUACCAACACGUGGAUAGGCUGUAGCUGUUCAAAGGUCUCCUGGGGGAGCUUAAAACUUGGGGGAAAACACUGGUUUUCACAGAUGCUCCACAUGGCUGUCUUUAAAAAACUCAAAACUUUUUUUGUCCUCUUUGUUAUGCUUGGAAACCCCACAGUGUGUUAAGUUUUUGCAAAGAACUCUUUAGAUGUGGUUCAUAGGUAUAUGAAUACGUAUCUGUGUAAAACAGUGAGUGUGCAGUGUGUAAAUACUUUAAAUUAUUAUGCUAGAAAAAUAAAGUUACAUACCAUG